AUGCCAAAAAAAACACCGGCCAAAAAACUAACUACUUUGCAAAUUAACGUCGCCAUUAAAAAAAAAUCAAAAAAUUCGCGCAAUUUAAAUCUUUAUUUAUCAAAGACUAUCAUUUUCAAUUAUAUUAUUUUCCAAAUUAUUAUUUAUACUUACAUAAUUAUUUUUAAUAAACAUUAUUAUUUAAAUUGGCUUUCAAUCAAAUCAAAAAGACUUUAUCUUUUAGCCUGUUUCUUAUACAAAUUAUUCAGUUCUGGUGAACCAAAUUUUUUGAGAUGUCUUUUUGUUGAUGAGCCACAAGACAUCAGACGCUCGGAAAGGUUGGCUUCAAAGUACAACAAUGUCUCUUUCUGCUUUCCAAAUUUCUCGACAUCAGUAUACGAGCACUCCUUUUUAAUCUUAUCAAUACGCCUUUGGCGUGAAAUUCCACCAGAUGUCAUAAACUCACUCAGCAUAGAGGCAUUUAAAUCAAAAGCUUUGGAAUUCUUCUAUGAGCUUGAACUCAGGGAGGCCUAG